UAAAAAGUACGGAGCACACUAAAAAAAUUAAUAAUAGAACGUGGCCCUGUAUCUCUCUCAAUUUCCCGGUGAAAUAGGGUAGGUGGUUAUCGAUUGCAGUCGAAGUUAACGAAAAAAAUGUCAAAUCUUCUACUCAUUUCUCCUUCAAUCAACUUAUUAUGGACUCCAAAAUCUGUCGCCAAUAAUAAUCAGACUUCGUUAAUUAAUCAGCAAUUGCGCAGAACAGUUUCAGUUAGAGCUUUCUUUUUCAAUCCAUCUGACGAACCAAUUCUCAAGGAAGCAGUCAAGGAACCUUUGGCAUUCAUGGGUGGAAUGUUGGCGGGCCUUCUCAAGCUUGACUUGAAUGAAGAGCCCCUCAAAGAGUGGGUGAAUAAGACAGUUGAAGCUUCUGGAAUUACAGAAGAAGAAAUUGAUGCCCAAGGACCAGAAGCAGAAAAAGAAGCUCCACAACAGAUAGAUAUUGAAUAAACAUACUUUGAUCUGGUUCAUUUUAUUAACCCAUUUUUCCUGACUGCAUUCACCAUUUUGUGGGUUGAAGUAACUUUAUAGCAGAUUAUCUUUCACCAAAACAGAGUGACCAGACUUUCCGCAGUAAGAAAAUAAGUUAAAUGUCAGCAAGGUUAACGAAUAAGAUGUGAAUAUGCCACGAAAACUGUAACUGUUUUUACUUUUUAGCCGAUCUUAGAAAUAGAUUUAUCAGUGCGCGAGGGGAGAGAGGUAGAGGUGGAACAUUCAUAUAUCAUUGAGUUGACUGAAGGUUCAAAAUGUCUCCCUUUUGUUUCAAAAAUUAUUAGCUAUCUUUCUGUAGCCGGUAAAAGAAAAUUUUCUAAUUAUCCAAAA